CACACACACACUUUUCAAGUAAUUAUCUCGAAAUUAAGCGCAGACAAAUGGAGGGUUUAAUCUUUAACCCUAACUCACUUCCUUACUUCCAAGACAAGAGCUCCGGCGGUGGAAACUCUCCGUCUUCGGAGGGGUCUUCCCGGAGCACGGCGGAGGAGGAGAGAAAACGGCGGAGGAUGAUAUCGAACAGAGAAUCGGCUCGGAGAUCGAGGAUGAGGAAACGACGGCACAUGGACGAGCUGUGGUCGACUUUGAUGGAGCUGGUGAACGAGAACAAGUGCCUGAUGGAGGAGAUGAACCGAAUCAUGGAGAGCUACGAGAGGGUCGUCGAAGAGAACGCGAAGCUCCGUGAAGAAACGUCCAUGUCCAUGAAGAUGAUCGGUGAUAUUCAGCUCGAUGGGUUCUUCGUCGACGGUGAUGAUAUCUGGACCAUUUGAUCCACCACAACUUCUCGAUCCUUAGGGUUUCUUUUUUUUUUCUUUUUUCUUUUUUGGGUUAAUUAACGAAGAAGGAAUUACGAUCAUAAGGAAUAAUUUUGGAUAUAUAUUAUAUAUAAGAAAUACUAAUAAAGUAUUGUGGAUGUGUAACUAAGGUGCUCGGUUUUCAAAGCAAGUACCGCAGUUCGGGGUGAUGGAGAACGAUAUCUUUGUACGAGAAAAUGAAACCCUAUUGUCCUAA